ACUCUUUCGUUGCUAUGAACUCGUAGCUUUUACAUACUCUGAAAAUAUGCAACCUCACUUCAAUUCCUUUCCCCAUCAAAUCCAGUCCAAUUCUUCCACUCCUCAGCUUCCUCACCAGGGUUUCAAUUCUAACAUGUUACAAAAUUCAAUGCCACUUCAACCUCAAAUGGGUAUUUUAAAUCCUCAAUUUCCGUUUAAUUUAGGUAAUGGGCAAGCCAUGCCCAUGCCCAUGCCCAAUAUGCAAGCACCAUUGAUGACUCAACCUAAUUUCAUGAAUGCUCAAAACCCUUUUGUUUUCUCACAAAAUAAUCAUCUGGGUAUGCCCCAAUUGCCGCCCAUGUCUCAACCACAACAUAAUUUGAAUAAUGUUCCCAUGUUUCCGGGUACUGGACAAAUGUUUGGUUGUAAUUUAUCAAAUUUGCCUCAACACCUUAGCCAAAACAUGGCUUUGCAAAACUUGAAUCAACUUGUGUCUAUGCAAAUGGCGAAUCCUGCCUUUUUGGGGAAUCCGCAGUUUGGUCUUGUGCAUAGUAAUGGUGUUGGGCAAAAUGUAAACCAAAACCGGCAAAAUUUGGUUCAGCCAGUAGUGGAUGCAAAUGGGUCGAUACCAUCGCCUUCAAGUAGAACACAGCAAAACCAGAACUCGCAGCCUUCUGUUUUUGCAAGGUCUCAGGGGAAUUCUAUUAGAAAUGGUCAGGGUAAUGCUUCAAAUAACAAUUGGAAAAAUGGUUCAGGGAAAAAUUUUGUAAGAAAUCCAAAAAGAGAGCACUCACGGGGGUUUCAGAAGUCUCAAUUACAUCAUGGGGAUGAUGCAAAGAGAAAAUAUGGGUUUCAUAAUAACCACAAAGCAAAAGGACAUCGCAAUGAGAUGACUGCAAAAUUUGGUCAGGCUAAUCAUUUGAACCAACCUAAGGAAAAGAAAAGAAAAUCACUUGCUUUGACCUAUACGGAAAAAGAAAUCCAACAAUGGUGUGAAGAACGUAGGAAGAACUACCCAACGAAGGCCAAUAUUGAGAAGAGGUUGAGUGCAAAGCAGUUGAGCUCCGACAUCAUUGAUAGAGAGGCCAAAAUACGGCGUGAGCAACUCAAGGAUAUCUUGGCCAAGCAGGCCGAGUUGGGAGUUGAAGUCGCAGAAGUUCCAUCACAUUAUCUUUUUGACUCUGAUAAACCAGUGAAUGGAAGGGAGGAGUAUACAAAACCUUUUAAUAAGAGGGGGAGAUUUCAAAACAAGUAUGAUAAGAGAGGGAGAUAUAAUAAGAAAGACCUAUUUGCUAAGAAGCAAAAGAUAGCAGAUAAGGAUUCGCCUAACACCCCUACUUUCAAUAAGAAGAAGCCAACGCUUCUGCAGAAGCUUCUAAGUGCUGAUAUUAGGAAAGACAAAAGCCAUUUGUUACAGGUUUUUAGGUUCAUGGUGAUGAAUUCCUUUUUCAAAGAUUGGCCAGAGAAGCCUUUCAAAUUUCCCUUGGUUAUAGUUAAAGAAGGUGGUUCUGCCGGUGAGGUGGUUGAAGAGAAAUCCUUGCUUGUAGACAAUGAUGUUUCUGAACACAGCAGCAGAACCGCUGCUGAAAACUUUGAAUAUGGCAAUAAUGAUAAUGAUGGUAAUAAGGAAAGGCAGAAUCAAAACAUCCAAGCCUUUGAUGAUGACGAGUGUGAGGACGAUGAUAAGGAUGAUGACGAAAAUAACAAUGAUGAACAAAUGGAUUAUCAUGUUAAGGGAAAGGGUAUAAUUGCCGAAGAGCAGGCUAGACCUGAGGAAGAAGAAGGAGAAAUCAUUGACUAG